AUGGAUGUAGAGCAUCGAGACAUAUGUAGCGAUAUUUCGGACCCGAUAAGGGGUCACACUGCUCGGGGAAAACCGAAUUGUGAAGGUACUCGAUCAUUCCAGCCAAUUUCAGGAUGCUCUUCGCAGUUUUGCUCCUCUGCCAGGCAGGUUGUGCGUUUGCGAGCAGCUACGCAUACUCCGCAGUAUGGUAGUGGAAGGACCAACACUGGCAGGGGAAGUGGCAGCGUCGGCGCAGCGCCAGCACCACCGCCACCACCCAGACCAUCUGGAGAUGGUGGUCCUGGCAACAGCCAGGGAGGAUCUAAUGGAAUUGGGGACGGAGUUCUUGGCGCCCCCAUAGCCAGCAGUCCAAUCGCCCCACCUCCUCCAUUCAAUCCGUUCAACUCUCCACAAGUAGCAGCAUCUCCUCCUACUGGACAAGAGCUGAACAGCUUACCUGCAAACAGCCCACCACUCCCUCCAGUACUGAGCAGCCCGGUUGGUGGAAGCGGUGGAGGCGCCGGCGAGGAUUGCGGUGAUGGCCAGGGUGGUCUUGCAGCGGCACCACCCUUGAGUGCUCCUGUUGCUGCAGGGCCAGCAUCACUUGGAACCAUUCUCAUCCCAAUCAGUGGUGGAGCCAGCGCUCCUCAAGGCUAG